CGGCCCCCGGCUCUUGUGUCCGCGCCACAUUAGGCGCCCUCAUCGCUGGCUUUGACGUGAGGGAGGGGGGCUCUGGUCCGGGGAGCCCCCGCCCGCCUGCCAUGAAGACAGAGACGGAGAUACUGGCGCCGGAGCCCCCGGCCGGGCCAGGCGUCAGUCACCUGCUGAGUAGCCGGAAGCUGCUGGCCCUGGGGGCCGUGCUCGGCUGGCUCCUGGUCAUCCACCUCCUGGUCAACGUGUGGCUUCUCUGCCUUCUGUCUGCGUUGCUGCUGGUGCUGGGAGGAUGGCUGGGCUCUGACGCCAUCGUGGGGGCUUCAGGGCGGCUGCACCUGGAGCGCUUCGUCCCAAUGGCCGUCUGCCCCCCAAACCCCGAGGCGGAGAGGCAGCUGGAACAGGAGAUCGACCGCACCAUCCGGAUGAUCAUGCGGGACUUCGUGUCGUCCUGGUACCGCACGGUGAGCCAGGAGCCAGCCUUCGAGGAGGAGAUGGAGGCAGCCAUGCGAGGGCUGGUCCAGGAGCUCCGGAGGAGGAUGGCCAGGGUGGACAGCCACGCUCUUGCCCAGAGGGUUCUGACUCUCUGCGGUUGUCAUCUACAGAGCUAUAUUCAGGCGAAGGAGGCCUCAGGGAAACAGAGUGGCCCAGGGGAGCCCUCCAAGCUCUGGGAGGCUUACUGCCGGGCCAGCGCUCCACAUCCUGCAGUGCAGAGCCCUAGCGCUGAGGUCACCUACACACGGGGCAUGGUGAACGUGUUGCUUCAAGGACUAGUGCCAAAGCCGCACUUGGAGACCCGGACCGGCAGGCACAUCGUGGUGGAACUCAUUACUUGCAAUGUCAUCUUACCGCUGAUCAGCAAGCUCUCGGAUCCGGACUGGAUCCACCUUGUACUUGUGGGCAUCUUCUCCAAGGCCAGGACUAAGCCAGCAGGAGUGGCUAAUCCACGCUGCCCAGCCAGUGCCCUGGAACAGCCCUCAGUGCCCGCAUCUCUGCCGCUUAUUGUCGAGGUCCAGGGUCUCGCAGAAGCCCCUUCUGCAGCAGCAGCCCCGAUGCUCCUAAGCUGUAGUGAGCCAGAUGGGCCUUCACACCCCUCCCCAGAAGUUGAAGAAGGCCAUGAAGCGCUGGAGGGAGAUCUGGGGGGAGUGCUCGAGGAGAGAAAAGUCGGAAACAGCUCUUCUCGUUUCCUGCAGCCUCUGUUCUUGUCUGAAGAUGCAGAGCUGGAGUCCCCGUUGUCUGAACUGGGCAAAGAAACCAUCAUGCUCAUGACUCCAGGCCCCUUCCUCUCUGCCAGGAUUCAGGAUGCCCUGUGUGCCCUUGGGAGCUCCCAGCCUCUGGAGCCUAAGGAUGGCAAGGGACCUGAAGGAAUAGAAGGAGCGGAAGCUGAGGAGGGUCCAGGAACAGAAACGGAGCCGGGCCUGCUUGCCUCCAUGCUGAAUUCCUGCCCAGAGAUCCAGAUUGACACAGCGGACAAGGAGGGAGAGCAGGGAAAUGGCGCCUCUCUCACAACUUUGCUGCCCAGUCCGGAGAGGAUAUGUCCCCCACGCCCCUCGUGUUUAGAGAAGGAUCUCACCAAUGGUGGGAGCUCCCUGGACUCCAGUCUGCCACAGGUCCUGCUUUCCUCCUCUCCACCUGGACCCCUCAGCUCAGCCACCUUCAACUUUGAGCCCCUGGGCAGUCCAGAUGGCCCCGUGGUCAUCCAGAACCUUCGCAUCACUGGCACCGUUACUGCUCGAGAGCACAGUGGCUCCGGUUUCCACCUGUACACGCUCUACAUGGUGAAGUACGAGACGGCCCUCGACGCUGAGAACAGCGGCGGCCUGCAGCAGGUGGCCUACCACACCGUGAACCGCCGCUACCGCGAGUUCCUGAACCUGCAGACCCGUCUGGAGGAGAGAUCGGAUCUCCGAAAGUUCAUCAAAAAUGUGAAGGGCCCCAAAAAGCUCUUUCCAGAUCUUCCGUUUGGAAACAUGGACAGUGACAGGGUGGAAGCCCGCAAGAGCCUCUUGGAAUCAUUUCUCAAGCAACUCUGUGCCAUUCCUGAGAUUGCUAACAGUGAGGAGAUGCAGGAGUUCCUUGCUCUCAACACAGAUGCUCGUAUUGCCUUUGUCAAGAAGCCGUUUGUGGUCUCCAGAAUAGACAAGAUGGUGGUGAGUGCUAUCGUGGACACGUUGAAGACAGCGUUCCCUCGCUCUGAGCCCCAGAGCCCCACAGAGGAGCUGAGUGAGGCCGAGACAGACAGUAAGCCCCAGACAGAAGGCAAGAAGGCUGCCAAAUCCAGAUUGAGGUUCUCAUCCAGUAAAAUUGCUCCAGCACUGAAUAUAACUGAGGCACACGAGAAGGUUCUCUACUGUCUCCAGGACAGCAGUGUGGAGUCAGAGACCCUCUCUGUGUCUGGGAUGGAAUCCUUUAUUGAAAAACAGGCAAAGUUACUAGAAGUGCAGCCAGCAGACGCUCCCGGAAGAGAUUCUGAACAGACCGCUGAGGGGUGUGUGGGCGGUCGCGUGUCAGAUGCUCCCUCUCCAGCCCAAGGCCUCAGCAGCAGUGAUCCAGGAACAGAGACUGAGUUGGCUGACACAGCCCUGGACCUGCUUGUUUUGCUGCUCAUGGAACAGUGGCGAUGGCUGUGUACAGAGAGUGUGCAGAAAGUCCUUCAUCUUGUCUUCGGGACCCUGAUCCAGAGGUGGCUGGAGGUGCAGGUGGCUCAUCUGACAUGUCCACAGCGCUGGGUGCAAUACCUCCGGCUCCUCCAGGAGUCCAUCUGGCCGGAUGGGGCUUUGCCCAAGUGUCCUCGGCCUGUGAGGACCCCGGAGCAGAAGGCAGCGGCUGAGAAACAGGCUCUGCAGAGCCUGAUGGGUGUCUUACCAGAUGUCAUUGUAGAAAUCCUCGGGGAGAACAAAUGCCGGCUGAGCUGGAGUCUGGUCUUGGAGUCGCUGCAUCAGCCCCUCAUCAACAGGCAUUUGAUUUACUGCCUUUGGGACAUCAUCCUGGAAUUGUUGGAGCUCAGUGCCUCUGCCGAAGAAUCUGCCGUAACCAGCUCCACUGCAGACACCCCAGGAAGACGGGCAUCUCCCCUUAGCCAGAGGCCAUUGUCCCAUUUCUUUGAGGGAAACACAGUUCAUCCAGGAGCACUCUUGAAAGCCAGAGCGCAGGUCUCUCGAGCGUCCCCACAGCCCAUGGAGGGAGACACUUCUCAAGGCUCUCUGUGCUCACCAGUGUUGCCCAGCAUCCCGGCUUGCAGAGGGUGUGACUUCAGCUGCUGCCCUAGGAAGCUGCUUCCCUGAAGGGUAGACUGCCGAAGCUCCGGGGGGCCCACCCCACCCUUCCACCCUUUCCUGAGAGGGCUACACUGCAGACUGUACCAGCCCCUCCCCAAGAGCGAGUGCAUGCUGGCCUCUGUGGCCUUCCCUGGCUUCCUUCACGCACCCAGCACGGCAGGUUCAUUUCAGCCGUGACAAGUGAAGAACUGGACCUGCACUAGCCUAGAACAUUCCUGCUUCUCCUGUCACCCUCCCCGCCCUUGCCCGUUCAUUCUCAGCUUCCACUCUCCUUCGCUCAUGGAGCCCGACAGCAGAUGUUAGGUCCUGGGCAGAGUAAAAACGUGUGUCAGCGUGGUCUCUGGCUCUAUGGGUUAGCAUGCUUUAGGCUGAAAUUACUAAGGACAUUUAUUUUUUUUCCAUCAAACCAGUCCCUGAGUAGGUGAGGCCCCGAGUUGGCAGAUGCAGCACCUUGGACCUCAUCGAGGGCCCAGAUUCUUCCCAUCUUUUGGUUUUGCCUUGUAAAAACAUUAGCUCAUCUUCAGACCACCAACCUUCACAGUUGCUGCAGUUCAGGGCAUCACAUCCACAUGUGAUAAUAUCCUUGAAAGAAUGGGGGCAUCUCCCCCAUGUUUUCUUUUUAAAAAUGAGGGAACAGUUUCCCAGAAGCCCUUCAAGAGUCCUCAGGACUCAUUGGCCCAAACCACCUGCCCUGAGCCAAUCCAUGACAUUGAGGAUGCUUGAACACGAUUGGCUUCUAGUAGUGUUUCCACCUGGGGAGGUCACUCGCCAGGAAGGUUAGAUACCUGAGAAAAUAGAUGUUAGCAAGGAAGAAGCAGAGGUCGGGUGUUGACCAACAGUGUCUGUUGCAGGGGUCAUUCUGCCAAAAUACCACCAACGCCCCCCUGUGCUCAACUAAGUGACGUUUGCCAAAUGUGCCACCUGAAGCUCUUCACAUGCAUCACCUUCCCUCACCCACACGUCAGCCCCGGGAGAUGGUUCUGCUGUGUCCCCACUUCAUGGGCACACGAGGCACAGAGAGGAGGGGAUGGCCACAGGUGCUUGAGGAAAUGGCAGAGCCCACACACACCACCACUGUUCCAGCCCACACAAGAGGGCGGGUUCUCACCUGUGAGGAGCCUGUGGUCUGGCAGACUCCUGGUCAGGCCCGUGUGGCCACGCGGUGGUCUGCCGCAGCUACUCAGCUCUCCCACAGGGACCUGGGCAGCCGCAGCGCGUGCUCCUGCGAUGGGCUGUGUCCCCCAGAGCUCUGUUCAUGCGCCACAGCAGCUGCUGGGUUUAGCCCGGGAGUAGGCUGCAGACCCCAUCCUAGUGAGUCAGAGCAGUGCUUGCUGAAGUCAAGUGUGUGCCAGAGUUACCUGGAGCCGGGGUAGAGACCUGGGGUGCUGUGUGUUCACAAGCUCCCAGGGGUAGCCAGCCUAGAGAGUCUAGGGGUUUGAACCCAGACAGCUCCACUUGGGUGCAGUUAACGCACCAUUGAAUAUUAAAGGCACUUAAUUGAGAUUGUAAUUCUAUCUGAACUGACUCCUAAAGGAUUUAACAAGAGAGCCUGUGGAAGCAUGGGGAGUUCAGAUGCAACAGUGAACCAUGGGUGAAGACCUGGAGUGGCCCCACCCGAAAGACACCUGUUUUACCCACUUCCCUGAAGUGCCCGGAGUGGUCGGGCUCGGGACAGGAGAAGGCGGUUGUGGGGCAGAGGGGCGGGGGGUGCAGUGGGGACGAGCUUCAGUUCCCUGGGAGGAAGAGCUCUGGGGACCUGUUUUCAUGUAUAUGUAGUCUAUGUAGCACUGCUGAACUGCACACUGAACAAUGGUUAUGAUGCUGAA